UGCAGAGGCUUUUAUUGUGAAAUCUGCCUUUAUGCGGAAGCAGACUGUUAGCUUCAGGAAACCAGUUGGAGAAAAAAGAUUUUCCUUCUCCUGGAAAAAACUCCUCCACACUGAGCCCAACAAAGGCCGAAGAAGCUAAAAACCCCAAGCUAAUGGACCGCUGGAAAACUGCACAAAUCCUUAGUCGAUAGGAGGCGAAGCUCCCAAAUUGUCGGGCCGGGUCCGGAACCAGAACCAGGCCCCAGACUGGACCCCGGACCAGUUUCCUCGGGCCUGAGCAGCGUUUAUGGAGGGAGUAUAGCUGCGUCGUUAGCCAGCCUCCACCGCCCCAAUGAAAGAAUACAAAGUUGUCGUGCUGGGCAGCGGCGGCGUCGGCAAGUCCGCGCUCACCGUGCAGUUUGUCACCGGCACCUUCAUCGAGAAGUACGACCCGACCAUCGAGGACUUCUACCGGAAGGAGAUUGAGGUGGACUCGUCGCCCUCCGUGCUGGAGAUCCUGGACACGGCGGGGACGGAGCAGUUCGCCUCCAUGAGAGACCUGUACAUCAAAAACGGCCAGGGUUUCAUCCUGGUCUACAGCCUGGUCAACCAGCAGUCCUUCCAGGACAUCAGGCCAAUGCGAGACCAAAUAGUGCGAGUCAAGCGCUUCGAGAAAGUGCCGCUGAUCCUGGUCGGCAACAAAGUGGACCUGGAGUCGGAGCGCGAGGUCGCCGGCUCGGACGGCCGGGCCCUGGCUCAGGAGUGGGGCUGCCCUUUCAUCGAGACGUCCGCCAAGAGCAAGACGAUGGUGGACGAGCUGUUCGCCGAGAUCGUCCGACAGAUGAAUUACUCCACGCUGCCAGAGAAGCAGGAGCAGUGCUGCACGGCCUGCGUGGUGCAGUGAGGAAGAGAACCCGUUAAUUUGGACCCCUGCAGGCUUUUUGGAGCACCUGAGGAUAACCUGACGUUGACUAAAACUUACCGCUUCAGGUAAAACGCUCUGUCACAGAGACAGAAGAGACCUAUUUUUGAUAAGUGUUGGAAGAUGCUUCUGCUGCAACCUCAACGGCCUUCGUGACGAGCCUGAACGCAGUCAUACGGACUGACUCCAUGGAGCAGCCCUCUGUGAAUUUCUGUCUUAUUAUUUUUAAUAUUUUCUUUUGUCCUUAUAGAUGGAGGUUUUCCUGACAUACUAAGCAGAAGUGUUUUGUGAGGUUGCAGCAUCUUUUUAAAGCUGCUUUAAUCACUAUUAUAUUCUUUAAUAUUACUUGUGUCAUGUCUGAAAUUUGGAAUUUGAUAAAGUAUUUCAUUAUAAUGGAACAUUUAGAUUUUUAAGCAUGCAUACUUAAACCGGUGUGCUGCUCAGGUGUGCUGAUCUUCUUAUCUCAGAGGUUGUUUUUUUUUCUUUUCAUAAAACCUGAGCUAUGUUUUUCUCUUUGGUGUUUUAGACCCUCGUGAAAACAGAGAAACUGGUGAUAUUUAUAUUACGGACAGUUGAGUAUCGUCUGCUCCAAAGUGAAAAUGUUUAAAUGAGCCAUUAUUUUUCUGCUUCUGGCCUGAACUCAAGGCUAGCCUAGACGCCGGUCUUCCGCUUCCACUUUUUUUGUUUUCUUUUAGGUUUUUGGAACGACAAACACUUUGAGAUGAUAAACGCGUAUCGCUUUAGGUUUGGGACAUUCUCACUUCUCAUUACAAAUAACCCCCUACAAAGUGGUCCGGUGAAAGUUCUGGCGCAGUCCAUCUGAUUCUAACUUUUUGUAUUUUUCAUUUUAUUACAGUAACAUAUUUAUUAAAACAUGACGUGGGUAGCCAGUUUUUAACUUAAUUUUAUACUAGCUUCAGUUUUUUUCUGAGUUAUCGGGAUCUUUUUUUGUUGUUGUUUCUAAGCAGAGAAUUUAACAGAGCCUUAAAUUUCUUCUCAUCCCCCUGCACCCUUUUGUCAUUUGUCUUUUUAUUUUCUCUAAGAUAAACCACUGUAAUUAUUUGAAAAUAAACAUGCUGGAACUUCUGUUUUUGUGAUGACACACAGAUAAAGUAUUAUCUUUAAAUGA